CUAAAAGGAACAACAAACUCUUUAUUUUGUGUUUUACUUGCAAAUAAUUAGUCACUGUUGAUCGUUUGACAUUUUAAAUCGUGUUAUUUUCUAUGGCUCUCACCGGACACAAAGAGCAACAUUGAUUUUCGGUGUAACGGCUCGCUGCCCGGCGGUGACAUGGCCAGGCGGAAAAGUCGUGUGUCUCUGUGUCGGAGGACCAAAGCCAACGGUGUGAAAGCCAGCACGGUCCACGCGGCGUACACACCUCAGGCCGCCAUGGCGGUCAGCAGCAAGGAGCAGCACAGCAUCUCGUACGUGACGUCACAUGCACAGACGGUGGUGGUGGAGUACACGUGCGACAGCAGCACAGACAUGUUCCAGAUUGGACGCUCCACAGAGAACGCCAUUGACUUUGUGGUGACGGACACGGUACCGGGUUUACACGCCCCCCCUGAAGGCGAGGUGGGUCAGAGCACCAUCUCCCGCUUUGCUUGCCGCAUCACGUGCCAGCGAUCCCCGCCCCAUACGACACAUGUCUACGCAGCGGCCUUUGACUCCUCCAGGAACAUCUUUCUUGGGGAGAAGGCUGCCAAGUGGAGGACUCGGGACGGCCAGAUGGACGGACUGACCACCAACGGGGUUCUGGUCAUGCACCCGGGUCAGGACUUUGGACAGGGCUGCAGACCUGGAACAUGGAGGGAAGUGUCCGUGUGCGGAAACAUGUUCACGCUACGCCAGACCCGCUCAGCUCAGCAGAGAGGAAACAUGGCCAACACAGAGUCCAACGUGCUGGUGGACGGCUCGCUCAUCGACCUAUGCGGUGCCACUCUGCUGUGGAGGACGGCGGAGGGUCUGUCCCGCACUCCCACAGUCAAACACUUGGAGGCGCUGCGUCAGGAGCUGAACGCGGGGCGUCCACAAUGUCCCGUGGGCUUUAACACACUGGCCUUCCCCAGCCUGCGCCGCAAGGACAUCCUGGACGACAAGCAGCCCUGGGCCUACCUCCAAUGCGGACACGUGCACGGCUACCACGCCUGGGGGGGACGCCGAAAUCCCCAGGUGGUGGCGGAGGGUCAAGAGAGAGAGUGCCCCAUGUGCCGGACGUGGGGGUCCUACGUGCCACUGUGGCUGGGCUGCGAGGCGGCCUUCUACGUGGAUGCGGGGACACCCUCGCAUGCCUUUGUCCCCUGCGGUCACGUCUGUUCCGAGAAGACGGCGUCCUACUGGAGACGCGUCUUGAUGCCUCACGGGACAUACCCCUUUCAAGCUGCCUGCCCUUUCUGUUUCCAGCCACUAGGGGGAGACAGCGGCAUCAUCAGACUCAUUUUCCAAAGUCCACUGGACUGAUCUGAAAGUCCACUGGACCGACUGGACUGAUCAUCUUCCUUUAACCUUUUAUUUAUCUUUAUCUUUAUUAUUCUAUAACAUGUUAAGGAAUGACUUGAAGUGCUAUUUAUGUAUUUAUAUUACAAAUAAAAUUUACUACCAUCACUUAUGUCUUGCGGCAUGGUGG